UGCCCAGCGGUGGGCAGUCCUGGGGGUUAACCCCGCCAAUGCCCCGCGGUGGGCAGUCCUGGGGGUUAACCCCGCCAAUGCCUAGCAGCAGGGAGUCCUGGGGGUUAACCCCACCAAUGCCCCGUGGCAGGGAGUCCUGGGGGUUAACCCCACCAAUGCCCCGUGGUGGGCAGUCCUGGGGGUUAACCCCGCCAAUGCCCCGUGGCAGGGAGUCCCGGGGGUUAACCCCGCCAAUGCCCCGUGGCAGGGAGUCCCGGGGGUUAACCCCGCCAAUGCCCCGUGGCAGGGAGUCCCGGGGGUUAACCCUACAGGUUUUUCAGCGUUUCUGUGCCUGGUCCCCCCUGUCUAUGAUGGGCUCCAAGCUGGGGGCAGCCGGGCUCUGUUUCUCCUGCGUGGCGACCGUCCUGCUGGCGGUAUCCGCUGCCACCGAGUCCUGGCUCCGGCUCUGGGUCCUGGGCAUCAUCAUUCACCGGGGUCUGUGGAGGGAGUGUCAGCUGGAGGCCUGCACCCCCCUCCAGGGCCAGCGAGGUAGGGACAUCGGGUUAACCCUGCUCUUAUCCAGUGGCAGGGAGUCCCACUGGUUAAACAUGCUCUUAUCCGGUGGCAUGGAGUCCCACGGGUUAACCCAGCUCUUACUUAGUGGCAGGCCGUGACCCGGCUUAACCCUGCCAAUUUAAGGCCCAGUGGUGGGGAGUCCUGCAUGCUCCAUCAUCAGGGAGUAGCUGCAUGGGGAAGCUGACUGAAGGAAGAGUGGGGGGCUCAGCUCUACCCCCAAGGAGCAAGCCCUGGGUUCGGGGGGGGGCAGCUCCCCCUUUUCCUCCCCACUUUGCUGCUGUCAAUGCCCCGUGCAUGGAGUGUUGGGGCCAUCCACAUGGGGACACGGCAGGGCAUGGGGAAUAGUCCGGGGGCUGGGUCGAACCCGGACCAGGUGCGGCGGGACCCCAGGGCAGGAGUUGGGGGGGACCCCAGGGCGUACAGACGGGUGGGGGUGACAGGGCGAGCUCUCACUGACCCCCUCCAUUUCUGCUCCCCCCCGCCCGCAGCGUAUGUGGGAGUAUCACGGGGCUGCCUGGUUCUGGCCCUCGUGGCCAGCUACCUCUCCGUGGUGUGUGGGGCCCUGGCGCUCGCCCCCCGCCCGGCCCCCAAGAGACUCGACUGGGCCCGGGGGGCUGCUGCUCUCUGCUUCCUCACAGGCACCUUGGCCGUGGUGGCUCUGGGCUGUUUCAUGGGCGGAUCGGCCGGGGAAGCUGGUGGCAGCUGGGCCUGGUCGCUGGCCGUGGGCUGGGCAGCGGUGCCCGCGGCCGGGUUGGCAGGUGAGCGCCCGGGGGGCGAGGCUGGGGGGGGCACGGAGGAGAAGCGUCUUUCAGCCACGCUGACCCCCCCGAUCUGUUCCAGGCACCUGCCACUGCCAGGCCCGGCGGAGGGAGCCACGCUGGCACAGCGGCCCGAGAGGAUCGCCCGGCUCGGCGUGAUGCCCCCCAAGGCGCUGGGUGCCCCCGUCUGGCCCCCCAAGCGGAGCUAUUAA